AAACCGCCGUGAUCCGGGUCAUGGGUUCAACUUGGAAGCCUGGGUGGCUCCAGUGUUUUUCGCCCAAGUGUGGAUCCUAUUAACCUAAACUCGUUUCCAAGUUCUCGAACGAAGGAAGAAACAAGAAGAUAUCGGACGCUUAUUCGUCAGUAUAUCGGUGCUUACAUGGCACAAGCCCUGUAUCGUCCCCUUGUUGUUGGAUCCGCCCAGCAGACGGCGCGCUAUGAAGCAACGAACAUCGCAACAGCGUAUCUCAAUGCGAUCAGAAACCAAUUUGGGAACCGAUUGAGAAUGGCGGUCAAUUCGCUUCUCAAUGUCAAACAAAGAAAGCGAGAACUGACCCAGCAGUUACAAGAACUGGACACGACACCGGCAGUCGGACAAGCGACAUCCCGCUACAUAGGGAACUCCGUUUAUUGGCCUACAUCAAACGCCACAAAACAGAUGCGUAUCUUGCUCCGGAGACUUCGCAAGGAGUUUGCCCAGACCCCAAUUUGGUGAUGGGUAACUGGUCCGCGCCUAUGGCUCAGUACCAUGAACCUAUCCGUGGCACUGGAUGGCGCCGAAUGUUAAAUGUUCAAAACGGUGAGAAAUCCAAGACCCUACCGACGACAGACCAUGCCACAAGUUCGUUGCCAUGGUCUAUUUAAGAUGUACCACUUUGGCUUGCGUGGCGGUCACCAGAUGUUCUGGGGAAAACACAUCGCCGACUGUGGAAUAGAGACCUUGAAGCGGCUCUCACUUUCCGCUAUAUUAUCCACAAGCUUCGUCAAACCGGCAAUCGUCCCUAGAAGAUAAAAUAAUGCACACUUUUAUCCCAAUAAACGGUUCAUGCCAG